AUGGCUGAAGUAGUUGUUUCAUUUGUUGUAGAAAUGCUUGGUGAUUUGCUCAUUCAAAAAUCAAGAUUCCGAUGGAAGAUCAAGGAUAUCCAAAUCAAGAUCUCAGACCUCACAAGAAGUUUAGAAACUUAUGGCAUAGUUGGGGUGAGAAAAGGUGAUCAGAACUUGAGUUCUACAUAUAGGCAGCGACUGCAGCUGAGGCGGACUUAUUCCCACAUGGUUGAAGAGGAUGUUGUUGGCUUGGAGGAGAGGAUAAGCGAAUUGGUGGAUCGAUUGGUGAGAGACGACAAGUGCCAACUUGUUUCAAUUUGUGGGAUGGGUUGUUUAGGCAAGACAACCCUUGCCAGAAAGGUUUAUCAUCAAGGUCAAGUCAGGAGUCCUUUUGAUGGUUUUGCUUGGGUUUACAUAUCACAGCAGUGCCAACCAAAAGAUGUUUUGCAAGGAAUUUUAAUAUAUCUGACCUCUGCUACCAGUAGUGAGAAGAUUGAGAUUUCUCAUAUGAGAGAAGAAGAGCGAGUGAAGAAGCUCUAUCAGGUCCAACAAGAGAAAAAAUGUUUGGUGAUCCUUCAUGACAUUUGGACAACUCAAGCCCAUGAUAACCUUCGACCCGCCUUCCCAAUUGGGCAAGCAGCCAGCAAAAUUCUGCUCACAACGCGCAAUAAAGAUGUGGCUAUCCACGCAGAUCCGCAAGGCUUUCUCCAUGAGCCAUGGUAUCUGACUGAAGAACAGAGCUGGCAGCUCCUACAAAGAAAAGCAAUGCCUUCAAGAAGAGACCCAACAGACCUUACAUGGAAAACACUGGGGACAGAAAUGGUGAGACGUUGCGGUGGUUUACCACUGGCUCUAGUUGUGCUUGGAGGGCUUCUAGCAACAAAAAAACACACAUUGAAAGAGUGGGAGAAAGUGCACCGAAACAUUGGAUCAUAUUAAGAAGGGGUAAAGGCCAUGAAGAAGCACAAGGGGAUAUCUGAGGUGUUAGCUUUGAGUUACUAUGGCUUGGCAUACCAAUUGAAACCAUGUUUUCUCUAUUUGGGUCAUUUUCCAGAGGAUUUUGACAUACCCACCAAAAAAAGAUGCGAAUGGGCGGCUGAAGGAAUAGUAGGCCCUGUGGAGGGAGAAAGAGUGGAAGAUCUCGCAGAGCAUUACUUAGAUGAGCUGAUAGAUAGGUGUAUGAUUCAAGCAGGUAAAAGGAGCUUGAGUGGUAAUGUAACAACUUGUCGUCUUCUUGACCUUAUGCGAGACUUAUGCUUGUCAAAGGCAAAAGAAGAGAACUUUCUGGAAGUCAUUCAUCUCCAGGAUGGAAACAAGACUGCAAUAGGUGAUUUCUCUUCUUCUUCCAUGGUGUCAUUAGUAAGGCAAAGUACUGUUAAAGUCCGUAGACUAGCCAUCCACUUGGAUCAAGGCGUCAAUAUAUUUAUCCCCUCAAAACAUGAAAAAUCUUUGCCCAUCAGGUCCCUUUUAUAUUUUCAUGAACUUGGGAUAAGAAAUUGGGAGAAACUGAAACUUACUGUAUCUCGCUGCAGGCAUCACCAGGUUACCAGAGCACAAUGCUUUCCCUUAAGGCCUCACCAAGCUAUUUUGUGGGGCUCUAAUCUUGAGGAAGACCCAAUGGUAACGUUGGAGAAGCUACCUCACUUAAAAUUUCUCUCACUAUCGGAAACAUUCAUUGGCAUGAAAACGGUUUGCUCAGAAAAUGGCUUUCCACAGCUCAAAUAUUUGUCUCUUUCUCUCUUCCCCAAUGUGGAGAAGUGGAGAGUGAAUGAAGGAACCACGCACAGUCUCUGCAAUUUGAGGAUCAUGAAGUGUCAACAACUGAAGGAAGAUCCUGAUGGAUUGAGGUCCAUUGCCACACUCCAGAAAAUGGAGGUAAGUGGGAUGCCAGAGACAAUCCUAGUCGACAGACUCAGAGGAGGAGAGGAUUUUCCUAAAGUUCAGCACAUUCCUUCCAUUGAAUUCAUGGAGUAA